GUGGCACGCACGAGAUCAGUACCAGCGCUCGUGUCAAAGCAUCCACAACCACAUGCUCUGGUCUCCACUUAUUAUUAAUUAAGCCCUUUCUCAUUUCUUGGGAUCAUUCUGGAACGAUCUCCUCCCACAACCAGAUCAUCUCAAUGGCGAGAUCCACGCCCUUUUUCCUACUCUUCCUCGUCUUCUGCAUCUCCUCACCAUCUUCAUCGUCGUCCUCUGCCGUAAACCCUAAACCUGAAGAGCUCGCAACCUUCAAACCCCAAGACACCAGCAAGGUUGGUCGUUUAAACAACGUGAGGGGUGGUUGUUCAUACACGGUGAAAAUCAAGACGAGCUGCUCUUCCCCUCGGUACACUCGAGACAUGAUCAGCAUCGCCUUCGGCGACGCCUACCGCAACGAGGUAUACGCGCCGCGGCUGGACGACCCAUCGUCGGGGGCGUUCGAGAGGUGUUCGACGGACACGUUCAAGAUGCAAGGGCCCUGUGGGUAUGGUGUAUGCUACUUGUAUGUGCGCCGUGAUGGUUGGGAUGGGUGGACACCCGAAUGGGUUCAGAUCUUGGAGACUAGUUAUCACCGCUUUGUGAACUUUUACUAUGGAUCUCCGAUCCCGAAUGGUGUGUGGUUUGGGUUUAAUAAUUGCCCACGUUUGGUGACCCGACCAACUGGUGGUGCUCAACUUGUGUAGCGUAUGCAGAUGUGAUGAUCCUUUGUUUUUUUUUUUCUGAUUUGAGUUGGGUUACAGUGUCAUGGAUCCUUUCUGAGUGUUGAAGAAGUAGUAGUGUCUGUAUCAAUGCAUCCUUUGUUUAUGUCUAUUCUUGUUGAGAAGAUGAUGGAUGCUAAAUUACUAAGGCUAAGGAUCUUUGUUAAGAAAUAAGAUGAGAGAUGGGAUGAUAUGGUGGUAUUGUCGUUUAUGAA